CGAUGCAGGGAAGGCAAACUGGCUAUGGCCUCGGAUAGCGGCGGCGGCGGGGCGGCCGCUGCGGAGCAGGAGCGCCCUCACCAGCGACCCUUCCUGAUCGGGGUGAGCGGCGGCACGGCCAGCGGGAAGUCCACAGUGUGCGAGAAGAUCAUGGAACUGCUGGGCCAGCAUGAAGUGGACCACCGACAGCGCAAGCUGGUCAUCUUAAGCCAGGACAGGUUCUAUAAGGUCCUGACCACCGAGCAGAAGGCCAAGGCAUUGAAGGGCCAGUACAACUUUGACCACCCAGAUGCUUUUGAUAAUGAUUUGAUGCGCAUGACCCUGAAACACAUUGUGGAGGGCAAAACCGUUGAGGUCCCGAUCUAUGAUUUUGUGACCCAUUCAAGGUUACUGGAGACAACUGUGGUUUACCCUGCGGAUGUGGUUCUGUUUGAGGGCAUUUUGGUAUUCUAUAGUCAAGAGAUCCGGGACAUGUUUCAUCUUCGACUCUUUGUUGACACCGACUCAGAUGUGAGGCUGUCUCGUAGAGUUCUCCGAGAUAUGAACCGAGGGAGAGAUUUGGAACAGAUCCUAACACAGUACACCACCUUUGUCAAACCUGCCUUUGAGGAAUUCUGCCUACCGACUAAGAAGUAUGCUGAUGUGAUCAUCCCUCGAGGGGUUGACAACAUGGUUGCCAUCAACCUGAUUGUACAACAUAUUCAAGACAUUUUGAAUGGUGACAUCUGCAAAUGGCAGCGGGGAGUUCCAAAUGGGAGGAGCUACAAGAGGACAUUUUCUGAGCCUGGAGACCCUACAGUUGUGCUGACAUCUGGUAAACGAUCCCACCUGGAGUCUAGAAGCAGACCUCACUGAGGAGCUGGAGGCUGUUACUUAGCUUCUAGGGCAGAUCUUCCUUGAUGACAUCUGUAUAAUGAAGGGGUCUGGAGUUACCUUUUUUCUUUUCUUUUUUUUUUUAAAACAAAAAUCCCAUGCCCCAAGCCCUUUAAAAAUAAUCUCUUAGCAUUUGUUACAAAAUAAUUCUAGGAUAAAAUUAUUUAACAAUUUAGGAAUAGAGAAAUUGUUAAUCUUAUUCAAUCUUAAAUGUGGGAAAUACUGAAAGGACCUUCUUGAUUGUUUUUAUCUUCCAUGUAUUCAAGAGGCUUCUGAAAUCUCUUUGGGCUAUCUGAAAAAUGCCCAACACCUGCAUGAGUGAACCUACUAUACUUGCUCCCAGAAAUAAUUCUAGCAACACAUUUGAAAAAUAAAUUGGGGAUCUGGGCCCUUGCUCUGUGGCUAUUACGACCUUCAUAGGAACCGUGUAGAAAUAUCUUCUAUCCUCCUGGGUUAUAUAUAGGGCAAUAAGCAGAGUUGGGAAUGGUGAUAAGCACUUUAAAAAGGAAAAACACAAAAAACUACUAUUAAACCUAAAGGAGAGAGUCUCCUAUAUUGGAUGUGUUUACAGACAACCUAAAAGGUUCACAUAUGCCUGACAGGUUACUGCAGAAUCAAGAUUUGCCACAAUAGAAGUCAAUCAAAUAGUUCUGGUGUUUGUGUGGUUCUGACUUGAAUACAGCUAUAUGAUACCCAAACAAACAGUUCCACUCGAGGCUAUUGGCUCUGUUCUUCUAUACCUAGAAAUUGCCAAGUCAAGGCUUACCUGUCCUGGGAUCUAGGACACAUGCUGCCUACUGCCAAACAGUUCACAUUAUUACUCAUUGCCAUGUCUGAUGCAUGCUUUCCUUAGAGCUAAAUUACAUGGUAGAUUCUAGGGGUUCAAAAUUAAUGUUAUUGCACAAAUCAGCCCUCCAAGUUGCUGUACCACUUAUCAUAUAUGGCCUAGCACUGAAUUACGUAUAUGAGAAUGUUUUGGUCUAUAUGGUUCUAUUUAACCUUUCCUCUUAACUAGUGUUCAGUACCCUCUACAUAAUAUAUAUGUACAUUUUAUAUAUAUAUAUAU